CAUGCCGGAGUCCCCUCGAUGGCUUAUUGCCAGAAAAAAGACAAGCAAAGCUAUAUCGAGCUUAAAAUUCAUUGCCAAAUUUAACGGCAAGUAUCUGCCUGAAAACGCUCAAGUUACAAUUUCAAAAGAAAAAGAGCCUCCUUUUUGUGAAUUAUUUCUCUCUCCUAUCUAUCGCAGAAGAAUAAUCAUUAUAAGCCUAGUUUGGUUUUCCAACACGCUUAUUUAUUAUGGGUUAUCAUUAAGUGCUGGUUCAUUCGUUUCGAGUAUCUAUAUCGAAUUCAUAUUAAAUGCUGUAAUUGAAAUUCCAGCUACUGCUUUUGCACAAUUUACCAUGCAUUUUAUCAGCCGUAAAAAAUCGUUGUGUGCGUCCAUGAUAUGCUCAGGAAUAUGUUUAAUGAUUAUCAUGCCGUUGAAACACCGUUUAACAAUAUUUAUCUUAGAAUUAGUCGGAAAAUUUUUCCUUUCAACGGCAUUUACUGUUAUGCUGCUCUAUACCAGUGAACUAUUUCCUACACUUAUUCGAAACUGGGCGUUUGGAGUGGCAAGUUGUUCAGGUCGAUUUGGAUCUCUUCUAUCAACAGCAAUAUCGAAAUUAAGUCAUGAAAUUGACGUUCAUAUACCGAUGUUUUCUUUUGGUAUCUUAUCAGUAGUUAUUGGAGCCUCGGUAUUGUUACUUCAAGAGACUAAGGACGCUUUAUUGAAAGAAACGAUUGAAAAAAAAGUGAAGCCGGAAGAAGACGAGAUUGCGUUGAAUAUUCAAUGA